UCCCUCUUUUUUCCUCUUCUUCGCGGCGGUGGGUCGGAGCCGCUGUGUCCCCGGUCUGGCACGUUCCUAGCCAAAUUCUCCACGGUGUAAAAUUGGAUCCCCCCUAAUUCACUUAAGAAAAAAAAGUAUCCCCUCUUCAAUUCCCCACAACCGAAAUUAUAUUCCCGCUGAACGCACAUCUCUAAAAUAUCUGAAAAGCUGUGAAGAUGGCGGUGGUAAGCGGGACGUCAGGGUCGGCUGUAGCCCGGCUUGAGGGCCGAGAAUUCGAGUAUCUGAUGAAGAAAAGGUCGGUGACCAUCGGCCGGAACUCCUCGCAGGGCUCCGUGGACGUGAGCAUGGGACACUCCAGCUUCAUCUCCCGCCGGCACCUCGAGAUAUUCACGGCCGGAGAAGACGGCACCGGCACCGGGGACUUCUAUCUCCGAUGCCUCGGAAAAAACGGGGUGUUUGUUGAUGGGGUGUUCCAGAGAAGAGGGGCUCCACCUCUCCAGCUUCCACGAAUGUGUUGUUUCCGGUUCCCCAGCACAAGUAUAAAGAUCACGUUCACAGCCCUGUCCAUUGACAAGAAGGAGCCAAGGAACGUGCCGGAAUCACCGGUCAAGCCCGUCCAACCCCAAAUUUCCCCCCUGACAAUAAACAUUCCUGACAACAUAGCCCACCUCAUGAGCCCACUGCCUUCACCCACCGGCACCAUCAGUGCGGCAAACUCCUGUCCAUCGAGUCCCCGGGGGGCGGGACUUUCCAGCUACAGGACAGGCCGCGUCCUCGCCUCCGACCUGAUCGGAGACAACUCCCAAUCAGAAAACGACAAAGACGCCUCAGGUGAAGACAGCCCAAAGGACGACUCCAAACCUCCGUAUUCGUACGCACAACUAAUAGUCCAAGCGAUCACCAUGGCCCCGGACAAACAGCUGACUCUGAAUGGAAUAUACACCCACAUCACCAAGAACUACCCCUACUACAGAACCGCUGAUAAAGGCUGGCAGAACUCGAUCCGUCACAACCUGUCCCUGAACCGUUACUUCAUCAAAGUGGCGCGCUCUCAGGAGGAGCCGGGGAAAGGAUCGUUCUGGAGGAUCGACCCGGCGUCUGAGGGGAAACUGAUCGAUCAAGCCUUCAGGAAGCGCCGGCCCCGAGGAGUGCCCUGCUUCAGGACUCCUGUGGGACCGCUCUCCUCCAGGAGUGCUCCAGCUUCUCCCAGCCACACGGGGGCGCUGUCUGCCCACUCCAGUGGGGUCCAGACCCCAGACAGCCUGUCCAGGGAGGGCUCCCCAGUCCCAAUGGAGCCAGAACCAACACCUCCCCCCGCCCCGACCCAGACCGCCAUAGUCCAGCCCAAACUGGCCGUCAUCCAGGAGGCCCGCUUCGCACAGAACUCCCCCGGCGCCCCCCUCAACCACCAGCCGGUCCUGAUCGCUGUGCAACGCCAGAUGCCUCAAACGACCAUGAAGCCUGUGACCUACACCAUGGCCACGCCGGCCAUAGUGACAACGUCUCCAAGCUCCGCCCCCGUCAUGCAGACCAUGCACGUUGUCCACCAGAUCCCAGCCGUGACCAUGGCAACUGUUACCGGACAGCAUGUCGCUACAGUGAGCCCAGAAACUCAGCAGAACGGGGGCGGAGAUCAUAAAGAGAUCAAAGUCAAAGUGGAGCCGGUCCCGUCCAUCAAGGCCGCGUCUAUAGGGGGAGUCAGUCGGAUCAUUCAGAGCUCCCAGGCUGCUCCGCUGACCACGGUGACCAUCGUCCAACAAGCUCCACUCGGACAGCACCAGCUCCCCAUAAAGGCCAUCACACAGAACGGGACCCACCUGGUCCCCAUCACUACUGCUGCUAGCCCAGCUGUUGCAAACCCCCUCCACAUUCUGGCGGCUCACGCCUCAGCCUCGGCGUCCCUCCCCACCAAGAGGCAGAACGGAGAACUGAAAGAGCAACCCGAGUUGAAGAGGCUGAAAACAGAGGAAGUGGCGGCGGGUGACGCGGCGGCGAACAACAAUAGCAAGAAGAACGGCACCACGGACAGAGCCGGAGAGGGAGGGGUCAGUGAACGCAACGGCGACAAGUAGCCUGACACCCCCCCCCCUCCCGCUCUCCUGAACGCAGUGAGCCUCCCCACAUCCUCACUUUCUCACCUCCUCCUCCUUCAUCCUCCCACCUGGUCAUCAUCGACUCCAAGGUGCCAAUCAGAGACGAGACACGGAAACACCUGCAGGACUCCAGAAUGUUCAAAUCCUCUUCCAUUUAUUUAAGACCACGAUGCAAAAACUAGAGACCAAACUGAAGAAAAAAAAAGACGACUGUGAAGUUCGAGACCCAGACGGAGAGAAGAAGCACAGGAAGUAAAAAAAAAAAAAAGAA